AUGCCGUCUUGGUCUGACCGUCCUCUGCCGCCCAUCCCUCCGAUCUCGACCUCUGGCAGCGCCCCCAAUCCUCCACACCCUUCACCAGGAACUGGCCCGGAAAGUAGCUCGCGUCGCCAGCUCCGGCCUCGCGAUGCUCCCAAUAUGCCUUCUGUAACCGGCAGCCUUCCCAAAAACUACCACCGAGGACAUAACCGCUCGAUCAGCAACCCGUUCGCCGGUUUCGGGCGAAAGCGUGAUAAGACAAUUGUCAAGUACGAGACUUGGGACUCCGAUGAUGAGGACGAUGAUGUUACAUACCCGAUCGAGCCCGAGUCGUCAAGUCCUAGGAAAGGUGCAGUCCGCGGAGGACAUUCUACUGAUCUUGCCCAGGGCAAGUGCCAGACGUGCGAUGCUACUGUGCGGUGGCCCCAGCACUUGAAGGUCUUCCGAUGCACCGACUGCCUGAUGGUUACUGACCUUGAGCCGGAUUCUCUUGAGUCAAACGAUACCGGACACAACGGUAACCCUCAGGGCUCUCAGGGCCCGCCGAAGUCCCCAAGCAAAGUCUCUCGUUUGUCGGCUCAUCAGACUCGUGGCAUAAUCGGAGGGUGCCUUAAUACGUAUUUCGAAAGCCUUCUAGAUGAAGGCUCUCGGUCGUGGUUGUCGCUGGACGACGACAAGUACGAAAAGCCAAAGCAAGAUCCAUCUCAACCCUACAAUUCGGGCUCGAAUUAUCUUUCAGUGCCGGGCGCUGGCGAUUCUCGAAGCCGCAGUGGUUCUCAGUCCAGCGACCACGAAAGAGUCGGGACUUCAAAGGAGAAUCUGGCGCAUCUACCCCCACAUGCCGUUCGUUGGGAGAAGAAAGGCACCCCCAUCAGAGUUCGCGCAAAUUCCGAUCUUCAAUCAUCGCCGAAGCCAGACCGUUAUCCCCAAGAUGGUUCGCAGUCUGCUCACCCGGACAUUCAAAGUCGGGAGAGCCAAGUGGAAAUAUUCAAGAGGCUGGAAAAUACUAUCGUAGCUGCCUUUAAAGGCUGUGGCUGUCUCAAUGAAUCGUUCACGACUCAUCCACCUCUUCGAUCAGCCAGUAGUGGCAAUCCACCAAAAAUGAAGAUGGACCCCGCGCCAAUGCCUGCGCCAGUACAGGAUGCGCCUCUUUUUGAACCAGAUGCCAAAACUCUUCUUUUGGGAGAUCUGACCGAGAACUCAACCUGGUGGAUGAACGAAUGGGCCGAGGCUGAAGGGCAAACCCCAGUCUCUGCUAAAGAGAAGAAUACACCCAAGUCUCGGAUGGUGUCAUCUCGAAGCCCCCGGAUUAAUUGGGCUGAGGUAUCUCAAUGGUAUCACUUGGUUCUGAGCGCGGGGAGUUCUUGGGCUGACCAGUGGACUGCCAAAAAGCCCGACCCCGAACGCUCAGAAGCAGACAUGCUACGAGCGAAGAGAUGGGCGUCCAUUGACCCGUCCUUGAUUGGUAAACAAAUCAGCGAGUCUCGUUCACAUCUUCAACGAACACUGCUGAAAGCCACUGAGAAUCUUCUCAAACGGCCGCGCCGCGUUCUAAAGAAACCAGAAGACACGAGAUUCUUAUUUAUUCUGCUGGCGAAUCCCAUCCUGUCGUCUCCUACAUCUUAUCCCCAGCAUGCACCGACAUCAACAUCUCACCGCGAAGAGAGGCGUCCAUCGCACCCAAAAGAUUACCCAAAUCCAACAGCCCGCAAUGGAACACACAAAGACUCAGCGAAACCGCUUCCUCGUCCACCGAGCUCCAAUCACUAUGGAAUCAUCAAGCGAGUAUUGGGCCUUAUGUCCAAUCUACCAAACGAUUGCCAUCACUACUUUGUAGCUUGGUCUGCACGUUUCUCAAUAGGACACUUUGAGUCCCUGGUGGAGCUCAUCUGUGGUUUCUUGACCUACCGUUUGAGCCGACAGCAUGGAAGGAAACCUCCUAAGAAGCCUCAAGAUGGAGAUGACUUGAUACCAAGCUUUGCUAGCGCUUCAGGUAACACUCCAGCUGAACUUCACGCUGCGAUCAAUCGAAGGGGUCCGAACAAGAAGCCUGUCAAGAAGACCGAAGAUCCAAUAGUCUACACAGAGGACUGGCAGAUCCGAGCUGCUGCAAGGAUCAUGUCGUUGCUUUUUACUGCAAACAUCUCUGGCUCUUCUAGGAAAUCUGAUGGAUCACCUCGCCAUCUUGAAUCACCCAAGAACCCUGGCCCUCGCCAAGGCCACAUGAUUCCUAUCAGUGCGUUUUAUAACACACUGCUGGACUAUUCAGAUUUGAUCGGAGACUUUGAGAUCUGGGAGUCUCGAAGCUCGAAGUUCUCGUUUUGCCAAUACCCAUUUUUCCUCAGCAUCUGGGCCAAGAUUCACAUCAUGGAACACGAUGCACGCCGUCAAAUGGAAGUCAAAGCCCGCGAGGCUUUCUUCAAUAGCAUCCUCAAUCAUAGGGCGGUCAGUCAGUAUCUUGUGCUGAAGGUACGACGCGAGUGCCUGGUUGAAGACAGUCUGAAAGGUGUUAGUGAAGUGGUUGGUUCUGGCCAAGAGGAAAUCAAAAAGGGUCUUCGGAUCGAGUUCUCAGGCGAAGAGGGGAUUGACGCCGGUGGUCUGCGGAAAGAGUGGUUUCUCUUGUUAGUACGAGAGGUAUUCGAUCCUCACCAUGGAUUAUUCGUCUAUGAUGACGAUUCGCAAUAUUGCUACUUCAAUCCUUAUUGCUUCGAGUCAUCUGAACAGUUCUUCUUGGUUGGAGUUCUACUCGGGCUCGCUAUCUACAACUCUACCAUUCUGGACGUUGAUCUUCCGCCAUUUGCAUUCAAGAAGCUACUGGCGUCAGCACCGCAGACCAGUGGGCCACAGCCUGCAAAUUCCAUGCGUUCGAGUUUCAAGUGUACACUGGAAGAUCUUGCCGAGUACCGACCGGUCCUAGCCAAAGGACUUCGUGGCCUACUUGAAUUCGAAGGAAACGUUGCAGAGACGUUCUGUUACGACUUCGUUGCCCAAGUUGACCGCUACGGAGAAAGCGUCACAGUUCCACUCUGUGCAGGAGGCGAGAAGCGACCAGUGACCAACUCCAACCGGCGUGAGUUUGUCGAUCUCUACGUCCACUAUCUGCUAGAUACUGCUGUUGCUCGGCAGUUUGAGCCCUUCAAACGGGGUUUCUUCACUGUCUGUGGUGGCAAUGCACUCUCGCUGUUUCGGCCAGAAGAGAUUGAGCUGCUGGUCCGCGGCUCGGAUGAACCACUUGAUGUGAACUCUCUCCGGGCAGUAGCAACAUAUGAAAAUUGGUCAUAUGUACAGCCAGAGUCAGUCCCUGUUGUACGGUGGUUCUGGGAUUUCUUCGAAAGUGCGCCCCCGAAACAGCAGCGCAAGAUCCUGUCCUUCGUCACUGGCAGCGAUCGAAUUCCAGCAAUGGGAGCUACGAGUCUCAGCAUCAAACUUGCUUGUCUUGGAGAUGACUCUCCCCGCUAUCCGAUUGCACGUACAUGCUUCAACACGCUGGGCCUGUAUCGCUAUUCCUCACGGGAUAAAUUCCUACGCCUGCUCUCUGAUGCAGUCGUUAACAGCGAAGGAUUUGGCUUGAAAUGA